GGUCGAUUAGUCUUGUGGCUGUUCUUUUUUUUUUUUUCCUCGGUUGUGGCUGUGGCUGUGGUUCUUGUUGUGGUUGUGGUUGUGGUUCUACUUCUUGUUGUGGCUGAUCAUUCGUCAUAUUUAUUCUGGUGGAAAUAUAUACAGAAUAAUAUGAGACAUCAUAAAUGUUACACUUCAUGUGUUGUUACAGUAGUUGCUUUUUAGACAAGUGUCAAAAUUUCAACUGUUCAAAUGGUGCUCCAAAAUGUAGUCUUUGAAUCAGGUAAUACUGCUAAUCUUUCUAAGAACCGGGAAAUUUCUAUGGAUGAGGUUGUGAUGUCCAAACCUAAUUCUGAUUUAAAGCUUGUGAAGAGUCCGUUGACGACUGUUAGCCCUUCUAUUGCUAAUCAUAUGGAUUCUUCUACUGAGUUGGCUAUGAAUGGUGAUCAAAUUGUUGUUGAUGUUAAUGUUGGAAAUGAUAAGAUUUUGAAUGAGGAAGAUAAAGGGUUGAAUGUUCCUGAUAAGGUUGUUAUACCUGGUGUUGAGGUUAAUUGUCUUAGAGAUGGAACGAUGGAUAGGGGGUUUCAGGGUCAUCAGAAAGCCGCUUCUUUGAAAACCGUCCCAUUAGUGUUUCCAGAGCUUUGUGCAGAACUCUUUGAUGGAAACAGUACAUCUGAUGAGGAUGAUUUCUUUUCCAGUCAUACUAGUGAGCAUUUUACUCAGCCUCCACCUUCUGCUGAUUCACCUUUUGGUAACCCCAACAAAAGGGCUAAACCCUCAACUCCUAGACCUCGAGCUCCUAGUGCCUCACCUGAUCCACCUUCUUAUGCCUCACCUAAAGCUUCUAUUAUUGUUGAUGAUUUAGCACCGGAGAUGCAAAAAGCUCUAAACCAUUUGAGUGGGUCAGGUUGGGAAACCUGCAAAGGUCGUGAUGUUGAAGACGAUGGCGGCAGCAGCAGCGGCGACCGCGCGAGGGAGGGUGAACCCCCACUGGCGACCAGAAAGGGAGGGGUAGCGGCGGCUGGAGUCGGUCUUCAGAUCGAUGAGAAGGGUGCCGAGAAGAAGAAGAACGAACGAACGAAGAAGACCGACUCCAGCCGCCGCUGCCCCUCCCUCUCCGGUCGCCGGUGGCAGUUCACCCUCCCUCGCGCGGUCGCCGCUGCUGCUGCCGCCAUCGUCUUCAACAUCAUGACCUUUGCUGCCAUCAUCUUCAACAUCAGCUAUGCCACAUCCGAAACACCAUCAGGACAUGGAUCAUCUUCUUUCCAUGGUGCACCACUACAGCCUAUGGACGCCCCUUCCAUUAACAUAGAUGAGGAUGAUUUCUUUUCCAGUCAUACUAGUGAGCAUUUUACUCAGCCUCCACCUUCUGCUGAUUCACCUUCUGGUAACCCCAACAAAAGGGCUAAACCCUCAACUCCUAGACCUCGAGCUCUUAGUGCCUCACCUGAUCCACCUUCUUAUGCCUCACCUAAAGCGUCUAUUACUGAUGAUGAUUUAGCACUGGAGAUGCAAAAAGCUCUACACCAUUUGACUCAAGGGCCAACAACUCCCCAAUGUUUAGAGAAACUUGAGUUGCUCGAGUUAGACCCAGUAGACCCUCUACGAUUUGCUGCGUAUCACAUUUUUGGAGGGACCAUGAAUAUAAGAGAGAUGUGA